GGAAAGCAGUCGGGUAUACUAUGCUAUGGGCUGUGACCUUGAUGGAGUCCCGCGGGAGUGUCUACAGCUUCCAAUCUGUCAUGCUAGAGAGAUGAGGCUGAGGGGAAACAGAAUUCGACAUUUACCACAAAAUAUUGGGUCUGUGUGGACAGAAUUGAGAGGAUUGUGGCUGCAAGGCAACAAUCUGAGACAAAUUCCAGAGUCAGUCGGUGAGCUCAAAAUGCUAGAAUCACUGGAUAUAAGUAGAAAUCCAUUGACAAGUAUACCAAGAUCAUUGACCAAACUGACAAAUUUGAAAAUGUUUUCGUGUGAUGCCAUUGAAGGUGUUUCCUCAGAAGAUAUGGUAAUUGAAGGAAACCAAACGAAAAUCAGAAAACUAUGGGAUAAAUUAUUUCCACAGGAAAUACUAGCACAUAGUGACAGAUCUGGAGAAGACACAAAUAAAAGUUGGGAUGCUGCCAGAAGAACAUCAAGAAAAAAUAAAUCUUAUAAAGAGAAUGAGCAGGCAUCUGUUGGAGAAGCUAAGAAAAGGAGCUAAAUCUGACCAGCUAAGACGUAUUGAUGAACGUUUAAGACGAGCAGAAGACAGUGAACUCAAUGACUGUGAUGAAAUGCCUCAUCAUUAUAUAGAACAUACUGACCCAGAAAGGAGCAACUGUGUAAAACAAGUUGGUCCUUGUGAAUUAGAAAAUGUCGGGUGUAACGAACUGGUAGAAAUUAAGAAAAUGACACAACAUUUGGAGACAUCUAUCGUGAAACAUCUCGAUUUAACUCGCGAUAAAGUACUGGUUAUAGUUAAGGAGUAUGAUGCAUUAAAAGCGGUUUUAGAUGUACCAAGACUGUCCCAGAAUGUGGGGGAAAGUGCAGACAAGAUAGUGGUAGUAGAACGUGCUGUUCAGAAAGUUGAGCGAGACUUGGCUGAUGUGACCACUAGUCAGCAAAAUCAGCAAUCAGCAAGACAAGCUAAUAUUGAUAAGCAGUCCCGAUUAACUAAUGAGAUGAAAGCCAAGACCAUCAUUCUUGACUCUAAGCUAUCUACGUAUGAAGGAAUCGUUGCUGUACUCAACGGUCAGAUUGAGAGAGUUGCCAACGUUGUGCAGGCCACGGAAAAAGAGCAGAAACAAGACAGAGAUUUGUUGGCCUCUCUGGAGAGAAAAAUUAAAUCACAGGACCGCAUCAUCGCACUGAAGGAUGUGUACUUAGCUGAGCAAGAUCUACGAAUUCAGUCGCUGGAGAUGGCUUCCUACGAUGGUGUAUUGGUGUGGAAAAUUACUGACUUCAACCGUAAACGAAACGAAAGUAUAUCUGGCCGUACUACAUCCAUCUACUCGCCAUGCUUCUUCACCAGUCGCCAUGGUUACAAGAUGUGCGCAAGGAUUUAUUUAAAUGGAGAUGGGAUGGGAAAGGGCAAUCAUAUCUCGCUGUUUUUUGUCAUCAUGAAGGGUACAUUCGAUGGACUGUUGAGAUGGCCAUUCAUGCAAAAGGUCACUUUCAUGAUUUUGGAUCAAAAAAACCAAGACCAUGUGAUCGACUCAUUUCGUCCUACGACUACAUCGAAUUCGUUCCAACGUCCUACUGGCGACAUGAAUAUUGCAAGUGGCUGUCCGUUAUUCAUGCCUUUAUCUCAACUGGAUAGUCGUCGACAUGCUUAUGUAAAGGACGACUCUCUCGACAGUAUUGAAACAUUUAUUGAUAUCACUAUAGCGAAUUUCACAGAUACGUUUGUUGAUAUUACAGUACAAAAUUCAACUGAAACAUAUUUUAAUAUCAAUGCAACGAAUAUAACUGAAGAAGUACUGGACAUUAUUGGUGUGAAAUCGUAUGAAGAAGUUUUCGAUGUAAUAUCAGCGUGUAUGCUCGUCAUUGUUGCGUUGGUUGGAACUGCCGAGGAUUCUUAUCUGGGAUGUUACAUAGUUAAACCAGAAGAGCGAGAAACUCAAGUGUCGAGCGGAAUUUAUAAUUUCAAUGAGAUCAAUCCCAUGCUAUGUAUUAGUCUAUGCAAGAGAAGAGAUUACAGUCAUGCAGCAUUGCAGCAGGGUUUCCACUGUUUGUGUGGUAAUGAAAUUGGCAUGGACAUUGCAGAUGAUGACAAGUGUAACAUUAAAUGUGUUGGAUUUCCUACAUACCAUUGUGGCGGCUAUGGUUACGCCAGUGUUUAUAGUACAGAUGAAUCUGUUAAGGGCUUUGAAACACUCGAUCCAGGUAAAAAAAGAUUGUACUGCAGUAGAAUACUGGCUGAAAACCACCACACUGGGCAGUCAUGGUAUUUCCUCUGUAAUCAGUGGCUGACGGAAAAACAUAAACCAUGCUCCUAUAAAGUUUUGAAUUUUGAAGAAAUGAUCAUGAAUAAACACUUGUUGACAGUGACAUCACAUUCUGAUAUGUGUGUGAAACACCUGACAACAUUGAGUCUAUUCAUCAGACAUAUCAAUAAUAGUGUCACUCACUUUGAGUGUCUCACAUCCCUGUUUGCAUUCAUGUGUACUGCCAUGUUUGUGAAUACCAUACUCCUUUAUGAGCAAGCUGAAUUUGAAGGUGAAGGUGCAGAAGAAUUUGAUGUGUUUACAGCAUUGAUGAGAGGGGUGUUAGGAAGAAUUAUCGCCAUGCCAGUCAAUUGGCUUCUGGUGCUGAUCUUCAGAAACUCGUAA